AGAUUACAAGAUUUAUUAAUUUGUUUAAAAAACAAUAUUUGUGGAAAUAGACUGUAAAAUCAGAGAUUUAUCAUCUGUUGGUAACAUAAAUUAUGUGUGGCGCUGAACUCUGGUUGUGUUGAUUAUAUAUAUAUAUAUGGAAGAGUCGCCUGAUUUCACAGCUGAGCUGAUGUAAAUUUUACUUAAUUCGACUUUUUUAACAUCUAUAAAGCUAUAAUUGGUUGUAUUUAUACUCUUUCACAAAAGAAAAACAACCGGACAAAAUGCCAGAGACGGAGGAUGAGAUGGGUAUGUCGGUUCGUCUGACGAACGACGACUUUCGGAAACUUCUGAUGACCCCGAGGGCAUCGGUGCCCUCGGCUACUCCAGCUUCCGUGCCAGGCACAGCUAGGGAUGCCAGCGCAAAGACAGCCCAGACUCCCCAGGUCAGUGGGGGCAGUCGAGCAGAGCUGCGGAGGAAGAAGAAGAGCUUCUACGCGAAGCUGAAGAAACAGGAGGAGGACAAGAUGGCAGAGCUCGCGGAGAAGUACAGGGAUCGCGCGAGGGAACGCAGAGACGGCACCAAUCAGGACUACCAAGCCGAGGAUCCUAUGAACAGUGCCAGCGCAUACAGAGCUGUUGCACCGGAUUUAAAAUCUGGCAUGGAUGCUGCAGAGCGCAGGAGGCAGAUGAUCCAGCAGUCAAAAUUCUUGGGUGGUGACAUGGAGCACACUCACUUGGUCAAAGGCUUGGAUUAUGCUCUUCUGCAAAAGGUACGCAGUGAAAUUGAAGCAAAGGAGCACGAGCAGGAGCAGGAAAUGGAAAAGCUCGUGAAACCAAAGGAGAAGGCGCCGAAGAAGGAGCCGGAGAAAAAGGACGACGAGAUGCAAUUCAAGACGAAGAUGGGCCGGAACGUGUACAAGACCGUCAUGAUCAUGAAGUCCAAGCAGAUCGAGAGGAACGAGCUGUUCACGCCGGGUCGUAUGGCGUACGUGAUUGAGCUGGACGACGACAACGCCGACGUCGACAUACCCACGACGUUGAUCAGAAGCAAGGCGGACGUGCCGACGAUCGACAACACGCCGACUCUUACGACCAACGACAUAGUGAUCAACAAACUGGCGCAGAUUCUGUCGUAUUUGCGUCAAGGUAGCCGACACAGUAAGAAGGGCAAGAAGCUGAAGGACGGACGAAUCCGCGGGGAUGAGAACGAAAUAGACAUUCAGCCGCGACCGCCGGUCGCCGACGACAGCAUCUACGGCGAAAUCGGCGACUACGUGCCGACGGUGACGAGCAAGAAGGACUUGCAGUCGCGCGAGAAGAAGAAGGGCUCGUACUUCGACAAGCCUGAAUCGAAUCUUGACACCGACGACAAGGCGAAUGCUCCGCAAUUGCCGAGCGUGUUGCAGCAGAACGCGGUGGCCGCGACGGAUAAUAACGCGCCGAAGAAGGGCGCGUUGUUGAAUAAACUCGCGGCCGAGCCGGAAGGUUACGCCGAAUGUUAUCCGGGUCUGGAUGAAAUGCAAGACGCCAUCGACGACUCGGACGACGAAGUAGAUUACACGAAGAUGGACCUGGGUAACAAGAAGGGCCCAAUCGGCCGCUGGGAUUUUGACACGCCCGAGGAGUAUAGCGAAUAUAUGAAUAACAAGGAGGCGCUGCCUAAGGCUGCCUUCCAGUAUGGCGUGAAGAUGGCCGAUGGUAGGCGCACCAGGAAGUACAACAAGGAGAAGAACGAGAAGGCGGAGCUCGAUCGCGAGUGGCAGAAGAUUCAGAAUAUUAUGAAUAAGAGGAAACCGACGACGACGAUCGACGGCGCGUCCGAGUUUAAAGUACCGCGAUAUUAAAAUACUUUGAUUAGUUUAAUAAAUAUUCUAAUAGUAUAAUGAUUUUUGUUCAUUUAGAGACCAAUUAAAAAGUAAGUUACUUGUGAUUUGAUAAAGUUCGAAUAUAUAUAAGAGCUAUAUUAGUUAUAUAUUGAUAUUGAAAGUGAUCCCCAUUGUAUUAUAUGUUGUAUUAUAGAUCAUUUACAUAAAAUACAUAUAAUA